AUUGCGCAUGCACAGGGAGGAGCCGCGGAGCACGUUGGGAGCAGGUUGGACACGCUACGGUUUUUUUUUUUUUUCCGGGGUGGGGGUGGGGAGCGGAGGGGGACGGAAGGCAGUGGGAUGGAUGGACGGGACGUUCUGGGUCGGGACAGUUGGGCAGGAGCUGGCAGGAACUGAGAACGCCGUGAAACGGGGUGCUGCGGGAGAACAGUGAAAGUCAGAAUGAUUCUUUCCCUUUAAGUCCCUGUGGAUUGGAAAGAGGCCGGAAGUUGCCCGCCUGGAAAAUGGGCUGUUCCGACCCCUUUCAGGGAAUCUAGGGAAGAAUCCGUGGUGCACAGCUCGUUGAAGGCCUACUGGACCAAGGCCUUUUCUUCUGAACUUCUAGCAUAUUCUUUGACUUGCGCAUAUUGCCCAUGAUUUUCAGUCCUGCACCCCUAACGCAGUCUAGUGCUUCAUCAGUGCUUAAUAAAGUCAGAGACAGAGUCAUAUAACAAACUUGCACGUGAAGAGGUGCCCAGAAAGCCUUGGUUAAGUGAAUCACUUUAAGAAUUUUUUUUUUUUUAAACACUUGUCCUGAUGAAAUCUUAGAUCUUGGCCACGCAGUUGUGAACAAACAGACGAAUCUCUGCUACCGUGGAGCGUCUUAUAGUUAUCUCUCCACAUGGCUGUGGAGGAAGCCACCAUCACCGUUCGCCUCAUCCGUUCAUUUGAGCAUCGAAAUUUCAAGCCUGUGGUAUAUCAUCGAGUUAACUUACAUCAAACUGUAAAGGAAUUUAUAAUAUUUCUAAAGCAAGAUGUCCCUUCGAGGACCAGCCUGCCACCGCCACUCAGAAAUUACAAAUAUGACACACUGAAGAUUCUACAUCAAGCCCACAAAGCAAAGACAAAUGAGCUUGUGCUGGGCUUGGAGGACGAUGACACACUCCUGCUAAAGGAAGACAGAACGCUGAAGGACUCAGGAGUAGCCAGUGAAACUGAGAUUGCAUUCUUCUGUGGAGAAGAUUAUAGGAGAUACAAAGCUAAUCCCACCGUAUCCUGGUGAAAGUCUCUAGGUACAACUUACAUACCUUUAUUCUACAAGUGAUUUAUUUUUUACUUAUCAAAUAAACCUUUAAAAAAAAAUC